AGCUUAGCCUUGAGAGUUCUACCUGUCUUCAAGAUGUGGAGGCUUUCUUAUGGACUCGGAGGACCGGAAGACUUGGAGAAAACCGGUGGGACGUAAUCCUCGGUUUCCUCGCUUGGUCUGUGGUGCUGCCCUCUGUGGAUAAAGUAUCUAUUGCAGCCUUCAGUAAGGCUCCCCUUGUGGCUAUGUAUGGUAUUUACGGCUAAUAUGUUUGGUCUUCAUUGAGUCUAUGUGUGGGUAGCUUAGAUUCUUAAAAUACGUAACAUCAUAUAGCCUAUUGUUAGUGUUGGUCCAUUGCUGAGGUUUCAACAGAGUGUGAGUAAGGAGGCCUAUUUCCCCUUUCCAAAGAAAUAGGUGGGGCACUUCAAGAAAGCAUAACCACAUUCAGAGCGAAGCACGUAGUGCACUGUGGAGCGGAUUCCACUGUGAACCAAGAUCCCAAUGAACAGCAGUAAUGUUGUUACACAUUUCGUCCUUUGGAUUCAGGCUCUACCUGGGGCUCUUCCUUCUAAACAGCAUUUCUGUGGUCACACAUGGCACAGCGCUAAAUCUUCGCUGCACCAACGACUUCGAUCUGCUGAUGUUCUGUCAGUUCCUUCCUCCGUCCAACGCGAGAAACUGUAGCGAAUAUUACCUCAACACCACGGUGGAGGGGUCCCAGAGAUACACUGAGCGUGAUUGCAAUUUAACACGUGACUCCGAUCCGACAUGGACAUGCAGUUGUUCGAUGAACAUGGAGGGUUUGUUUCUUUUGUCAGACAUUCACAACACAACGCUGUGGAAAGCUGGGGAUCUAGUGGAGUCCAAAAACAUUAGCGUGUUCAAAAACAGAAAACCCAAAGCCCCUAAAGUCACUUCAGUGAGAAGAGAAAAUGGGGAUUAUCGGGUUGAGUGGGACACAAACUAUAAAGAACCCAUCUAUAAUAUGACGGCCGUGGUGACCUACCGCAGACCAGGAGAGGAAGGCACGGAAGUCAACGUUUCGUCUGGGACACUGUAUUGCAUUUUGGAGUUCCUGCAGCCGAGCACGGAUUACGUGGUCAACGUGAGGAGUGUCUUGUCGUUCGACAGUGAAAGUAGUGAUGACUUCCCAUUCACCACCCCCGUUUCUUCCGACACUAUUUUGGUGGUGAUCAUCCUGAGCCUGAGUGUUGCUGCUGUGAUCAUCACCAGUUUCCUGCUACAUCUCAUCACACGGUUAAAAACGAAGUUGUGGUAUAACGUUGGCAAAUACAAGAACUCCACCCUUCUAGAUAUGGUACCAGUAGAGCCCAAGGUACUAAUGCCUCAGAAUCCUGCCCUGUGCUCUGUCUAUGUUGACUCCCCUAAAGAGGUCAAAGAUGACACAAUCACAUGCAGCCCCUGGGUAUACUCCCAUCAAAGCUCUAGAGCUGACUGCGUGUCCUCCUCUCUGGGGAACUCUCAGAAGGUCUCUGCGGACAUCGUCUCCAGCAUGGAGGACGCCAUGCGUAAGGCCCUCCCCGAGGUCUCCCUGCCUUCCACCACGGCUCCCUGGCUCUUCAUGGGCCACAGCAACCUGGGCUACAAUCCAGUCCCUGGGACCUCAACCCUGGGCUUCUUUGAAAUCUUAAACUAUUCCAUGGCUCCUCCUUUUAGGACCCAGGGGUUGAACGGUGCCCUGCCUGCAGUGCUUAGUGAGUCCUUGCUCAAUCCCAGCAUGUUGAGGGAUGCAUCGUACGACCCCAGUCCAGAUUUCCAGGUGCCUAUUUUCCAGCUGACUAGACAGAGGCAGCCUUUAGUAAUUAGACAGGAUUCAUCCUACAUGAAAAGAGAUCAUUCGAUGAGCUCAUUCCCAACAGAUGGUCUGCAGGUAGACCUUGAGUACAGCCCUUCUCGAAGCGAGGCCACUUCUACCUCCAUCUUGUGUGGCGUUGGCUCCUCCUUGUCUAGUGUUUGUUCAACAGGAGCACUUCGGCGCGAGACCUUGAACGCGUCGCACCUAGGCCGAGCAGCUAGCCUGAUGGAACAUGUUUACGGCCAAGAGGAACCGUCUGUGAAAGUCUGUGGUUCAAAUCUGUGUGAAGAGCCUCGCCCUGCCCCUGCUUGCAGCCUGGUUCCCGGGGACGAUGACUACCAAGCCUUCCAAAGUGUAGUGAGGGGACAUGGGGAGCUCAUUCCAGAGGCGAGCGAAGGUAGGCCCAGUAAUUGGCCUGACAAACUUUCUGAGACUUUCUUCACUGCAAUGCCAAGCAUGGUGAAUCCCUUAGCCACCUCUAACCAAGGAGCCAAGGGUUUUCUAGAAUCUCAAGCCAACAAGGUUUCUGUUCUGCUGGCGGAUGAGCACAAGCUAGUCAUUAUUGGUGAUUAUCAUAGUGUUUGAUGGUCUGGAAACAAUGAAUUCGGGGAAAUCUUGUACUACAGUCAUGUCGAGUCUCCUCGGGAGUCAUGAUGGGUAAUGGCGUGCCACGAAGGUCUGUGUAUCAUGCAUGUUAAUAUUUCAUUAGCAGACUGGAGACCUUUGUCACGCCUUAGCUGAUCUAUGAAUUUUAUCCUUUGACCCACGCGAGAAGCUCGACCCUGCCUUGAUUCCGAGAGGACAAGGUGAUGAGCAGCAAUGUCACUGUGAAUAGCACAAUGUCCUGAAGUACAAAGCUUAAACCAAUUGGAAGCUACAUUUAGGUUUUAGGUUAACAUUGCUAAAUGGAAAGCUAGGGUAUUCUGUUACUGAUAUUAAGGUCAUCUUUUACAGAUGGUUACGUUAAGGUAUUAGGUUGGAGAUGGUUUAGUUUAGGUAUUAUAUUUUAUUUUGGAAAGUGCAAAACUUAAACUCUAACGCUGAACGUUCUCUAACUUUGUAUCAGACACUGUCAUGCAUGUGUCAUUCACAUAUUUUGUUAUUAAAGUCAUGAAGAAAACUGCACAGACUGUACACACCAGUUAUUCUUCAUGUUUAUUUUGUAGCUUAAACAUUUCAAUUAUGGUGUAGGACUUAACUAUUUAAUAAUUUAGGAGACACCUUCUCAAAGCCAUUUAGUGUCCUAGAGAUACCUGUCCUCCAGGAGAAGGUAGGGCUGAGGCAUAUUGCAACAACUUCCUGAUCCCUGUUCCUUGGAAAUCCAUGUAAGCUCCCACAUCAUGAGUCAUCACAGGUCAGUGGAAAAAAACCGUAAAAGCUCCGAUUCUUCAACGAAAAAAAGAGAAUGUUCAGAAAUGUAAACGUAGACCUAGCUCGUGUUAAAUGUAGCACAUUCAAAUUACAAACCAUAUAAAUAUUUAUUGUAAUAAAAAAUUAUGUUAAAGCCGCCAUUGAGGAUGAUUUGGAUGUUGUAUUCAACACCGUCAAACGAUAAGUCACCCACGGUAUUAACAUCUCAGAACGGUUUUUCAUGCAUGAGUUGUAUACGGGAGCCAUCUCACUCUGUGGCUAUGCUGCAUCUGGCCUCUACCUAAGAUGAAUGCAUGUAUGUCAUCAUUUAAAACGAUUACUAUACAAAGUGCCAUGUCAUGGCUGAGACAGUCAAAACAUCAAUAAAUAUAAUGCAUGAAUAUGUAAAUUGUGCAAAACAACCUCAGAUGAUCAACCCUGAUUAUUUAAUACAAGAAAUUUACAACAAACUGGUGAUGAUAGGAUUCAGCCGGACCUUGAGGGGCGGAGGAGAACAGAACACUUUGAAGGUUUGCCCAAGUAUGGAAGUUGAGUAUUAACGAGAACGAUGGCUUGUGGUCCGUCCCGAUGCGGGCACUGACUAUGUAGGCUACACCAUGCUCUCGGAAGAAGAAUCGGAUCAAGGCGAAAUCUUGGCUCCCUCCCUUGUUUACCUUUUCAGAGACCAGAGGACAUGAGGUUUUUCAUGCAGGACUUCGGCUCCAACUUUUUACCAACUUGAGACUAGUCUGCCGAUCAAACAAAUUAACACAAAAAAAAACAAAAAAAAACUUAAUGAAUUAAUGAUUGUACUUGUUCAAGAACAAUUGACUUAAUUAUUCUUGUAAUCAAACUAGUAUUACUUUUCAUACCAUGACAAGUUCCUGCAGACUUCUUCUUAAUGUCACAUAAAUGUUGCUAAGGUGUCAAGACAGCUGAUUGUAUA